AUGGUAGUGUCCUAUCCCUUUCUGCAAUUCGUGUCAGACACUGCUGCAUUUGAUUAUCAACUGUCUACUUAUGUAAAAACAACUUAUGUGAAAGACAAAUAUCAAAGCUUGCUAGGUUGCGGCAACAUCAACUUCACAGACCCCAGCAACCUUUACGCCCGAUACACCACCACUAUAUUGUGCAAUACUCUUGUUCAAAAGUCCAUCGGUGCCUGCUCACUCACCGGCAAUGCCACCCGGCCGUUGUGUGCCGAUACUUGUGCCGAAUUUGCUCAGAGCGAAGCUUACAUCACCGCGGACAAGGACUUGUGCUCAAAUCCGGGCCCCGAUCUAAGUAAACUGAUUCGAGCCGACUUUGCCACCUGCUCUCUCCCCGAAGACGCGCUCACCGCCAACUGUAUCGCCGGGUACACCAACGAGCCCGGAAACUGCGGUUUCGGCAACAGCACCAUCGGUCUCUGCUCUUACUGCGCCGCUGGGGGAAUCAAUUCAACCGAUACCUGCUGCUACAGUGCAAAUGUAGAUAAGCGCUGCGAUGGCGUCAAGCUCCCCAGCGUGACCGCAACCAUGACCUUCACCGCUCCGACUGCGACCUCGACCUCGACCUCGAUCCCAACCUCAACCUCAACCUCUCCGGUGACGACAACUCCUCCCAAUCCCCAGGCCGAUCGUGGUGUUGGAAAGCAGCUCAGCGGUGGUGCUGUUGCGGGGAUUGUUGUUGGCUGCAUCGCCGCAAUUGCGCUUCUUGCUCUCCUUUUGUUCUUUUGCGGACGCAAAAUCAGCAGCCGUCGUGGAAGUCAGCAAGGUAGCAUCUUUAACCAACCGUCACCUGCUCGGAGAGGCCCCUCGAUGAUACAAAGCAAACAGAUGGCUCCAGAAGGGUAUGAAGUUCUACCUGGAGGUCGUGUAGCGAGAAUGGCGGCAUUGGAGGGCCAUUCCGGUGGCUCGCCUCCCCAACCGAGCAGGAGCAAUGGAGCAACGGCCUUCGCGGGCGGCCGCAGCAAAGGAACCGAUACUCAGUCUUCCUCCGAUGAGUACAUUGACAGCCCCGAGCGUGGAGCCGUCUUGCAUCGCCCACCAACCUCUAGAAGACACGGUUCGUUGUCAAGCGGUUCCAUGCUCGCAAGCGACGCACCGCAAUCUCCCUUCAGCGGCGGCCAGUCUUCCCCGCUGGGAAUGGCCAGCCAGCAAUCAGAGCAACUGCCUUUUUUCAAAGACUAUUAUUCCCAAGACGACAUCCACCCGUCGGAUAAAGUAGCUGUUCUCUGGGGAUACCAGCCUCGCGCUGCGGACGAGUUUGCUCUCGAACGGGGCGACAUGAUCAAGGUUGUCGGAAUCUGGGACGAUGGCUGGGCCACGGGCGUCAUGCUGGAUGAGCGAGCAGAGGAAUGGGAAGUGCGACGGCGAGCUCAAAGAGACAGCGGCGUUUCAAACACUUCUGGCAUUCGCCAAGAAUCUCCAGAGGCACAAGGAGAGAUGAAGGCUUUCCCUCUAGUCUGCGUUUGCCUGCCGGAGCACUGGAGGAAAACCAUAGAGGGUGAAGGUUCAACGGAGUCGACCUCUAGCCCUGGACCUAUUGGCCGUUCUAACGGUUCAUGA